CUUCAUCAGUACCACACCAGCUCUCUUAUCUCUUUCUAUUAUCUAUCAAAAAAUAAAAUAAAACAGAGAUACAACUAUGGCGGCCGCAACAAUGUCUUGGGACGACGGGAAGCACAUGAGGGUGAAGAGAGUUCAGGUUACAUAUGAAGAUGUUAUCAAGUCCAUAGAGGCCGAGUAUGACGAUGACCAAAAUCCUAAGCGUCAUGGCACUCCUGGCAAGAAAUCUGACGGCGUGAGCUUGAGCCCAGACGAGUACAUAACAGAUGUUACUGGCUACUACAAAACUACUGGGAAUGAAGAUGCUAUAGCAGCGUUGGCUUUUAAGACCAACAAAACCCAAUAUGGUCCUUACGGAAACAAAACACAGAACCAAUUCUCCAUCCAUGCACCCAAAGAUAACCAGAUCGCCGGUUUUCAAGGAAUUAGCAGUAAUGUUCUCAAUUCCAUUGACGUCCACUUUGCUCCCUUACCGUCAUCUUCCACUUCUGAUUCCUCAACCCCAUCUUCGGCUAGUCAAGCAAACAAAGUGGAUGCUCAAGGUGGAAAAGGAGGAACAUCAUGGGAUGAUGGUGCUCAUGACCAUGUAAGAAAAGUGUACGUUGGACAAGGCGAGUCUAGUGUCUCUUAUGUCAAAUUUGAGUACGAGAAGAACGGUAAAAAGGAAACACGCGAAUACGGAAAGAAGACCUUGCUCGGAUCAGAAGUGUUUGAGGUUGAUCCAGACGACUACAUCACAUCAGUUGAGGUGCAAUCCGACAGGAUAUUUGGGCAAGACACAGAUGUUAUCACCUGCUUAAUCUUCAAAACAGCUAAGGGAAAAACCUCACCGCCCUUUGGACUAGAGGGUGCGCAGAAAUAUGAACUCAAGGACAAGAAUGGUGGAAAACUUGUAGGAUUCCAUGGACGAGCAGGCGAAGUUCUUCAUGCUCUAGGAGCAUAUUUCGCUCCUUCGUCAAGUACUUCUUCUGGUGGUCGUACUUCUUCGAGCACUCAGACAGCUGGAUCAGCUGCCGGUGCCAAAAAACUAGAGGCAAAAGGUGGUAAUGCGGGAAACCCGUGGGACGAUGGUCCUCAUGAUGGUGUUAAGAAAGUGUACGUAGGUCAAGGCGAAUCAGGGGUAUCCUACGUCAAGUUCGUCUACGAGAAGGACUCUAAGGAGGUCCCUGGAAAUGAUCAUGGAAAAAAGACACUACUUGCACCUGAAGAGUUCGUGCUUGAUCCAAACGAAUAUAUCACAGCGGUGGAGAUUAACUACGACAACAUAUUUGGUACUGAGUCCGAAAUUAUAACGAUGCUUGGGUUCACGACAAAUAAGCGAACCUCUCCACCUUUUGGACUUGAAGGUGCUAAAAGUGUCCUACUCAAAGAAGACGGCCACAAGGUCGUUGGGUUCCAUGGCAAAGCAGGUGCUGACAUACUUCACCAAGUUGGAGUCCAUGUCAAGGCCAUCUCCAAGUGAUCUGAGAAUGUCUUCUCUUACGUCCCAAUGUAAUAAAGAUGAGCUAUAUGUCAUAAUUAAAGUUAAGCUCUCCUUUAGAAAUUGUCAUUAUACGUGUGUGACGGUAAGCAAAAGGUUUGAAUAAGGUAUUUCCGUACUAUGUGCUUGUGUGUUUCAGUGUCUCCUUGUGUUGUAAUGGAGUUGUAACACUGUUUAUAAGAUGUACAAUAUAAAAUCUUGGUUACAUUGUAA